AUGAGAACUACUAUAGGCUUCAGUGCACCAUCAUCAUCAUCAACAUCAUCAUCACCUCCUCCAUUAAGUCAGACAAUAACCCAUCAUCCUUCAAUCUCCUCUCACUCAGCGUGGCACUCUCCGGUCCCUUACCUCUUCGGGGGCCUAGCCGCCAUGCUCGGCUUAAUUGCCUUCGCCCUCCUCAUCCUUGCUUGCUCGUACUGGAAGCUCUCCGGCUACCUCGACUCCGGCGAAGAUUCCGGCGAUGCCCAGAACGGCGGAGGAGACGACGGUGAUAAGGAGGAUGAGAAGCCGACUUUUUUGGCGACGCCCAUUUCGAGCAGGGCGUCGUCGUUUGGGGAUAACGGAGGGAGUGUUGUUGAUGGGGAGAGUAGUAACGGUGACUGUAACGGUGACGGUGGCGGUGGGGCUGAGGAGAAGAAGAUGGAGAGCUUGAGUGCAGAGGAGGAGCAGAAUAGCGAAGUAAAUGACCAAAAUAGACAUGAAGCUCAAGGGCAGUGA